AUGACCGAGCCUGUUGAGAAUCCUCACCCCUUGCACCAGAGACGGACGCGACCACGGGUUGUGUUCUCAUGCGGGUAUUGCCGUUCUGGCAAACUUAAAUGUGACAGGAAAUCGCCUUGUACGCAAUGUGAGCGCAGAGGCCGCCCCGCCGAAGAAUGCGUUUAUGAACCUCUUCCGGCCAAGAUGCGAAAGUCUCGAAGCAUAGCCGCUAGACUCGACCAGAUUCAAGGCACGGUGAGGGAGAUGAUACAGGAUUCCUUAACCGAUAGAGCCCAGCAAUCCCAGACAGAGGGAAGGGUUGUCAUUGGAGGGCACGGCAAAAGCAAUUAUGUGGGAGCUACACACUUCAUGACAGUCCUUGAUGACUUGGAAGACCUCAAAAAUUUCUUUGAUAAUUCAGAUUCCGAGGAUGACGAUAUAUUGAGCUCGACUUCUAGCGCAGAAGAAUGCAACCUGGACAGCUUUCUCCUAUCUCAGGGUGCUUUCAAAGGGAAGCAGGACCUCUUGAGUAUUCUACCGCCUUUCCAGGUUCUCAAUGGCCUUGUCAUGCACUACUUUGCCUCUCGGACCCCUUCAACGGUUGUAAUUCAUCGCCCGAGUUUCAAUAAUCAGUAUCAAUCAUUUUGCCGAAACCAGGCUGCGGCUAGCUUCGAGUUUCUGGCCCUUAUCUUCAUGAUUCUGGCCGAGGCAACUCUCUUCUCUAGUUCCUUUUCGUUUGAGGAUAUCUUAGCUGAGAGACUGACUCGCCCGACGGCUCGCGUGAAGGUUUAUCGCUCUGCAGGAAUUGCGGCUUUGAAUGCAGCCAACUAUACAUGGCCCUCAUUAGAGACAAUGGCGCCAAUGUUACUACAUCUCGAGGCAGAGUUUAUUCUCAGUCGUUCCACUCCGAUAAGAUGCUAUCUCCUAAGCUCAACAUGCAUUCGUCUGAUGCUACGAUUGGGGCUUCAUCGUGAUCCUUGCCACAUGCCUAACAUCAGCCCGUUCUCAGGCGAAAUGCGCCGGCGUAUGUGGCACUUCGGUCUCCAGAUUGAGAUGCUUGUCAGUUUCCAGAUGGGGCUGCCAAACAUGGCCAAUGGUGUUGAGAGCGAUACAAAACUGCCCAGAAAUAUAAAUGAUCAGGAUCUGAAAGAAGAUUUGCAUGAAUUGCCACCUAGCCGCCCUGAUAGCGAGACUGCCCCUCUCACUUAUUUUAUCUGGAAAACGACCAUCGGUCAAAUCUUCCGCUCUGUCGCGAAAAAGACAAACUCUCCCGAGCCCAUGAGCGACACCGAGGUAAUGCGCCUCGACCGCAAGUUGGAGGAUGUCUGGGAGCAAGUACCUUCCUUUUUGAAGGUCAGGCCGCUGGAGGAGAGUAUCACUGACGACCCACUGCUUGUGAUGGAGCGGUUCAGCUUGGCGUCUGUGUACCACAAGUCACAAUGUGUUCUCCAUCGAAAUUAUCUGCUGAAGAAAGGCUCAGGGAAUGCCUAUAGCUAUUUCAGAUCUGUUUGCCUUCGAGCGGCUCUUGGACUUUUAGAAUGCCAGAAAAUGCAUUUCGAAGCCACAAGGCCAGGAGCCAUGCUGGUCCAAUUCGCAUGGUUUCUACGACCGAUACUCAUGGGCGACUUUCUUCUCGCCGCAAUGAUCGUUUAUAUCAGCUUACAUCUCCCCGCAAGUACGGAGACUACCAAGGGGAAAUCCCUCGACAAACCGGGACUUUAUCGUGUUCUUGAGGAAUCGCUUUCGACUUGGAGGAGCAUGGCGCAAGACGAACCUAGCUACCGGAAAGCGGCAAAUACUGUUUCCAAAAUGCUGGAGAAAGUGGAGAGAUACCGUGAGCCUAUUGCUCCCCUUCCACAUGGAACCAUAGGCGAAAUCAACAAUGCUUGGACAGUCGAGGGGACUGGUACUCAUUUUCCAAGCUCACAUCAAGCAGAUGCCAACUCCAUGGGGAUCAUGUUAGAUCCUGGAUUAGACAUUAGGCAGAUGCCGAUUCAGCCCACGAAUGAACUCGACUUUGGUCCCUGGUUGUCCUCAUGUGAUGAAUCGUUUAGUUGGCAAAAUCUCGACGAUUUCAUGCGCCUAGACGGCGACUCCCAAGCUUGGGGAAUGAAUGAGCUUAACCCAGACUCUCUUCCGUCUUGA